CAUCUUUCACGACAUAACCGAAGACCUCAGUAAUUUCGCAAAUUUAAAUUUUUGUCUCUUCGUGAUGGCGACUUUUGUCGAAGCUUUUCAAGUUGUGCUGUUCUUUAUUUGUGCAGUUGGGCUCGCUAGCCUCGCCUGCACUUCUGAAGAAGAAAUGAAAUUGUGGAACGAAUGGAAACGCUUACAUUUAAAAUCAUACGUCGACGCAAACGAAGAACAUAUUAGGCACGCUAUUUGGUGCUCAAAUUUAAAGAGAAAAGUGAAGCACGAGAGAGGAAAUCACAGUUUCAGUAUUGCCUUGAACAAAUGGUCAGAUUUGACAGCCAUUGAAUUUCAAAAAAUGAUGUUAACCAAAGAGCGGGGAAACUUUGACAAUUUCUAUCGCAGUAUAAGUGAAAAAAUAUUGCCCAAAGAAGUUGACUGGCGAAAGAAAGGAUGCGUUUCACCAGUUGUGAAUCAAGGAGAGAUUUCAAGAAGUUGGGGCUUCAGUGCUUUGGGAUCUUUGGAAAGUGAACAUUGCAUAGCAACAGGAAAGAUGUUAACGUUAAACGUCACAGAACUUGAAGAAUGCUGUACUAUUUGUCGAUCAGUUUCUGACGCUUUUCAAUACAUGAUUGAUCACAACGACGACUAUCCACACGAUUCUAAAAAUUGUAAUUUUUCCACGGAAGCUUUUGGAGCAAGUCUAACAGGGUACGUGGAGUUGCCUUUUGCCAACGAAUUUGCACUUCAAGGAGCUGUCGCCCAUAUUGGCCCAAUACCCGUCACAAUCAACGCUGGUCUCCCCAGUUUUCAAAUGUACACCGAUGGUGUUUAUGACGAUCCCUCAUGCCAUCCCAGUCAGCUAAACCAUGCAGUGUUGGUAGUUGGCUAUGGCACAUUAAAUGGUAAAGAUUAUUGGCUGGUGAAAAAUAGUUGGGGAAGAAACUGGGGCAUGAAGGGUUACAUCAUGAUGGCGAGGAAUAAAGAGAAUCAAUGCGGGAUAGCUAGUGCUGCUGUUUAUCCCACCGGAGUGACAUUUAUGGAUAGUACAUUUUCUAUGAAAAUUUAGGAAAUGUUGUGCUUUGAUGAAAAAAUUGUGAAGUGAUCUGGUAAACUCGUUCCAAUAGAAAUACUUUUGAGCUGCAA